AUAAAAUAAAAUAGAAAAGGAAAGGAAAAUUUUACAGCAGUCUAAUCGCGUCUGCUGUAAGUCGUAAUCGUAUUGAAGAAGAAGAAGAAGAAGAAGAAGAAGCAGCAGCAGCAGCUAUGGGCAGCUUCCCCGUUGCCCACAAGAAAUUUUCCUUGGAAAUUAAGGGGAACAAGACGGAUGUAGUGAUGUGCAGUUAUGAUGAUCAUUUUCUUGUUAUUGCAACUCAAAUUGGAGCUAUGGGCACCAUAUUGCAAGCCAGGAAGGAGGAAGGGAUGGCAAUCCAUCCAACAUUCAACGUGUCUGUAAUCUUCGGCAAGCGAGACGAGCCAAUGCUAGUGUCAUGUGCUCGUCAACUUAUUGAACACAUCAGUAACUCAGGCUCCUUGAAGCCGUUAAUGCUUUCUCUAGGUCUCAAAGAUCAUUCAGCGGAGACACUGAAAGGCAUUGUUUCAGCUGUUAUCGAGAAUCGCUUCUGGUGAUGGUGUGCUGCCAUUAAAAGUUCCUCAAUCUGCACUAACAUUCCAUCCGGGGUUCAACUAAAGCGUCAUGGCGUCGGAAUCAUUCAGCUAUCUACAAAUAGGGUUGGUCGUUAAGUUGAAUUACGUAUUUUUACAAUCCGUUGUGGUGUUUCGUAAUCCAAAUUGAAUUGUGCUGUGAAAUUGAGCUCAUUUCAAUCCGAUUGAGACCAGUUUUUAUCGAU